UUCCGCAGGAGUGGCUUCUACAGCUUCAUCUUUAGAAGUUUCAAUCUCUUAAAAGGAUUCCUUCCGUCUGUGAGGCUUCUCCGUUUCGUGAUCUAUGAGUGGGUGAAGGGAGAGAAGGAUCGCGAGGAAUGAGGGAGCUAAGUUCAACCACUUUGUGAGAAGACAACAUCUGAUCGGACUCCCUCAACAUGAACGGGAGAUGUUUGGGCCUGCUGGCCCUCGUGCUGGCAGUGGGGCUCGGCAGCGGUCCCGGGGUGCUCGCAGAAGACGCCAGGAAGGACUCCGUUGCCUCUGCCGAUACUUCGAAGAGCAAGGAGAAUAAAGUAAAGAAAAGAAAAGCCGACGUGGGCAACAUCCCACCGCCGCCGCUGUACCAACUGCCGAACAGCGGCCUGGCAGUGCAGCCUCUCCCCCUGGAGUCUGUCUCGCAGCAGUACGCGCCCCCGCAGACCCAGGUCAUUCAGCUACAGCUCUCGCAGCCGAGCACGAGCUACAGCGCCCCCGCGCCGCAGCUCCAAGACACGUACUUCGCCCCCACCGGCCCCCAGGCGAGCAACGCCGGCUCCGGAGGCCUGAUCAGCUUCGGGCCCGCUGAUGCCGUGAGCGGGCCAGGUGCUGGAUACGCGGCGCCAGCUGUGAGCCAGCCCUCUGCUGGUUAUUCCGCGCCAGCUGUGAGCAAGCCCUCUAGUGAUUAUUCCGCGCCAGCUGUGCCCGCACAAUCUUACAGUGCGCCAGGCUUAGGCAGCUCUGGUUCCUUGGGAAGCUCCGGCUCCUUCGGGGGAUCCGGCUCCUUCGGGGGAUCCGGCUCCUUCGGGGGAUCCGGCUCCUUCGGGGGAUCCGGCUCCUUCGGGGGAUCCGGCUCCUUCGGGGGGUCCGGCUCCUUCGGAAGCUUAGGUGGCGGAGGCAGCGGCCUCGGCCAGAGUUACAGCGCGCCAACUGGUCCCAGUCAGUCUUACGAUGUGCCAUCUGUUCCUAGUCAGUCUUACGACACUCCAUCUGUCCCAAGCCAGUCAUAUGACACGCCAUCUGUCCCCAGUCAAUCUUAUGACACGCCAUCUGUCCCCAGUCAAUCUUAUGACACGCCAUCUGUCCCCAGUCAAUCUUAUGACACGCCGUCUGUCCCCAGUCAAUCUUAUGACACGCCGUCUGUCCCCAGUCAAUCUUAUGACACGCCGUCUGUCCCCAGUCAAUCUUAUGACACGCCGUCUGUCCCCAGUCUAUCUUAUGACACGCCGUCUGUCCCCAGUCAAUCUUACGACACACCAUCUAUUCCAAGUCAGUCUUAUGACACCCCAUCUGUCCCAAGUCAGUCUUAUGACACACCAUCUGUCCCCAGCCAGUCUUACGACACGCCAUCUGUCCCAAGCCAGUCUUAUGACACGCCAUCUGUCCCCAGCCAGUCUUACAAUGCCCCGUCUGCCGGAAGAGAUUUUGGAGGUCAUGCAGGUGGAGGCGCCGUCGGAGGAGGAGGUGGAAGUUCCUACAGCGCUCCUGAAGCACCGAGCUCCUCCUACAGCGCGCCCAUUAGUGGAGGAGGUUUAGGUGGAGGAAUAGACCUAGGAGGAGUCCCUAGCACUUCCUACGGCGCUCCAGAGAUCCCAGACACUUCCUACGGUGCCCCUGAAGUCCCUAGUUCCUCAUACGGUGCUCCUGAAGUCCCUAGUUCCUCUUAUGGAGCCCCUGAAGUCCCUAGUUCCUCUUAUGGAGCCCCUGAAGUCCCUAGUUCCUCUUAUGGAGCCCCUGAAGUCCCUAGUUCUUCUUACGGCGCUCCUGAAGUCCCUAGUUCCUCUUAUGGCGCUCCUGAAGUCCCUAGUUCCUCUUAUGGCGCUCCUGAAGUCCCUAGUUCCUCUUAUGGCGCCCCUGAAGUCCCUAGUUCUUCCUACGGCGCUCCUGAAGUCCCUAGCUCCUCUUAUGGCGCCCCUGAGACCCCGAGUUCCUCCUACGGCGCUCCAGCAGGAGGAGGAGGAGGAGGAGGUGGUGGAUUCUCCUCGAACUUCGAAGUAGUCCACCUUGACGGCGACGGAGGGGAUUCUCAUGGUGGAGUCUCUGACCGGCGCACUGCAGCUGUUUUACGAACGCAGAAGGACUGUUGUCUUUGGGAAAAUGUCCGCUUGCUGGGAAAACAAGCCCAUGCGGGGACACGUCGGGGCGCAGGUGAUCUUCGAGAUGCAGCUUCCGUGGGGAGGCAGGAGGCGAGCGAAGAUGCUUUUAAGCCUCGGGCGAUAUGCCAACCCUCGUGGUCGGGGUCCAAAUUACCGACGCCGCAGUUGCAAACUAUCCUUGAGAGAUCAAAUGCAUGUCUCGGUCUCAUUACAGGCGUUCGUACCAGGUCGCCUAAUCACCUCGGCCGGCGUCUGUAUCACUUAAGGAGCGUUCGAACCUCUUGGGGGAUCCUGACGCGGCUGAGAAGGCUUUUAGAACGCAAAGGAAUCACUUUUACCUUCGCUGAUUAUCCCUUUGUCCGGGAAGAGCCCCAGACAGCAAGGAAGAGGAUGAGUCAGUAA